AUGGACAGACAUGAACAGCACCUCUGUAAUCAUGGAGUACCAUCCAGAGACGCACCUAGAAAAAAAGCAGGAGGAGAGUCCUGGCUGCUGCUGCUGGAGGUGGAGGCGGGUGGAGCAGGAGGAGAGUCCUGGCUGCUGCUGCUGCUAGAGGUGGAGGCGGGUGGAGCAGGAGGAGAGUCCUGGCUGCUGCUGCUAGAGGUGGAGGCGGGGGGAGCAGGAGGAGAGUCCUGGCUGCUGCUGCUGCUAGAGGUGGAGGCGGGUGGAGCUGGAGGAGAGUCCUGGCUGCUGCUGCUAGAGGUGGAGGCGGGUGGAGCAGGAGGAGAGUCCUGGCUGCUGCUGCUGCUAGAGGUGGAGGCGGGUGGAGCAGGAGGAGAGUCCUGGCUGCUGCUGCUGCUAGAGGUGGAGGCGGGUGGAGCAGGUGGAGAGUCCUGGCUGCUGCUGCUAGAGGUGGAGGCGGGUGGAGCAGGAGGAGAGUCCUGGCUGCUGCUGCUAGAGGUGGAGGCGGGGGGAGCAGGAGGAGAGUCCUGGCUGCUGCUGCUGCUAGAGGUGGAGGCGGGUGGAGCAGGAGGAGAGUCCUGGCUGCUGCUGCUGCUAGAGGUGGAGGCGGGUGGAGCAGGAGGAGAGUCCUGGCUGCUGCUGCUAGAGGUGGAGGCGGGUGGAGCAGGAGGAGAGUCCUGGCUGCUGCUGCUAGAGGUGGAGGCGGGUGGAGCAGGAGGAGAGUCCUGGCUGCUGCUAGAGGUCGAGGCGGGUGGAGCAGGAGGAGAGUCCUGGCUGCUGCUGCUGCUAGAGGUGGAGGCGGGUGGAGCAGGAGGAGAGUCCUGGCUGCUGCUGCUGCUAGAGGUGGAGGCGGGUGGAGCAGGAGGAGAGUCCUGGCUGCUGCUGCUGCUAGAGGUGGAGGCGGGUGGAGCAGGAGGAGAGUCCUGGCUGCUGCUGCUAGAGGUGGAGGCGGGGGGAGCAGGAGGAGAGUCCUGGCUGCUGCUGCUGCUAGAGGUGGAGGCGGGUGGAGCAGGAGGAGAGUCCUGGCUGCUGCUGCUAGAGGUGGAGGCGGGUGGAGCAGGAGGAGAGUCCUGA